CCGCUUCGUCUCCAGGAGGUGCACUACAAGAACCGCUACUGGCACGAGACCUGCUUCCGCUGUGCCAAGUGCCUUCACCCCUUGGCCAACGAGACCUUUGUGGCCAAGGACAACAAGAUCCUGUGCAACAAGUGCACCACCCGGGAGGACUCCCCCAAGUGCAAGGGGUGCUUCAAGCCGAUCGUGGCAGGAGAUCAAAACGUGGAGUACAAGAAGACCGUCUGGCACAAAGACUGCUUCACCUGCAGCAACUGCAAGCAAGUCAUCGGGACUGGAAGCUUCUUCCCUAAAGGGGAGGACUUCUACUGCGUGACUUGCCACGAGACCAAAUUCGCCAAGCACUGCGUGAAGUGCAACAAGGCCAUCACAUCCGGAGGAAUCACUUACCAGGACCAGCCCUGGCACGCCGAGUGCUUUGUGUGUGUCACGUGCUCUAAGAAGCUGGCCGGGCAGCGCUUCACUGCCGUGGAGGACCAGUACUACUGCGUGGAUUGCUACAAGAACUUUGUGGCCAAGAAGUGUGCCGGAUGCAAGAACCCCAUCACUGGGAAAAGGACUGUGUCAAGAGUGAGCCACCCAGUCUCUAAAGCUAGGAAGCCCCCAGUGUGCCACGGGAAACGCUUGCCUCUCACCCUGUUUCCCAGCGCCAACCUCCGGGGCAGGCAUCCGGGUGGAGAGAGGACUUGUCCCUCGUGGGUGGUGGUUCUUUAUAGAAAAAAUCGAAGCUUAGCAGCUCCUCGAGGCCCGGUAAGUGCACACCCCACGAACAGCCCAAGUUUGCCUCCUGGUGGCCACUUUGAUGCCAUGGCCCUGACCUAAAUCAAAGAAACUGGUUAUGCUGGGAGGUCGGUGCGCGUCACAGGGGCGAUAGC